AGAAAAGAAUCCGCUUAGCAGUUGUGGAAGUAACUGACAUAGGGAUUUCAUUAUUUCCUUAUCUUAUAAGAGUCCUCCCACUCAUCAUUGCUGUUCUAAAUUUUCUUUCGACUAUCAGUAACUGUACUAAACGAUAGGUGUGACACAAUCAAAGGGACACUCUCAUACGGAUUCUGUGGUUCUGAAGCUUGGCUGGUUCUAUAUCAACGAGUACUGUAGAUACACAGCUGGGAAAGUUUCAUUCAGUGUACCGGUGUAGAUUUAGAGAAAGCAGCAUAAAUAUACCAUGGUAGCAGAUGCUGAGUGUUGAGAGCAGUCAGCAAAUCACCUUCGCGUGAUCACAAAAAAUGUCACGUGGCACAUUUGCCCGGUGCGACCAAUGGGUGCGGAUUUCAGUCGGUGUCCCACGCACGCCACUCUUGCGGUUUUGUUUGUUUGUUGACUCGAGCAUCUCGAGAGUCGAGAGAGAGGGCUUUCAGUGGGCAAAAAUGGUGCGACGCUGCUCUUGUGACGUCAUCCUCAUGGCUGUGACUCACAUUCUAAAAUUCGAGGGUUCAACACUGGAGGUGCUCGAGAGUCUACCCUCAGCGACUCUCCUCUGAAUGCUGGUUGCUGGACUCAAAGAGGUACGAUGACUCUCAUACGUCACGAAACCGACUCACAGGUUGCACGAGUUGAAUAAACGAACACAACCUGAAUAUGACGUACGUGUGUCACUUCCUCGUCCUCCAAGGUUUUCCUCGAGCUCAGCGAAACAGUUAUCUGUGUUUGGCCUCGGUUAUCCUUCCCCUUUGCCUUUGAAGUGAGGCACCAAAGUAUCAUAGCCAUCCUGAUCCUUGCGUUUUGAAGGUUGCCCCCUCUGGACAGCCCAAGAGAAUCUGAAACUUUGUUUUGUUUUUCUUUCAUCAACGCUCGUAUGAUUCUUCGGAGAGGUAUAACAGAUGUUUUUUGUUUUUUUCCAGCACAGCUCAUGAGCAGCUAUGCAGCUGUUAUGAAUCUAAUUACUUUAUUAAUAACCAUGGACUUUCGGGGUAAGAUAAUUUGAAUUGUUGCAUUAUCACCCGGUGCAUUGCAACAUUACUACUAUUACCACUAUUAUUAUUAGAGUAUUGAAGUAUAAGUUCUGAGUAGGUCGUGCCCUAUGAGACUGUCCCUUUAAAUGGUCAAAAGUGUGUCAUGUUACAGUUACAUGUGGGUGACUGAAUAGUAAUCUAGCAGUGUUGGGCUGAGUCACAGAUACUUGGCAGAAUGGGAGUGAGGGAACCGCAUAGAUGCACUUCACAUUACUGGCACAUUGGAAGCAGUCAUAAAUAUCAUACGCUGGACAGCAUUUUAUAUGUUCAAUUCCCAGGGACGCAAGGGAUCUUUAACAGACCACAUGAUGUGUGUGCGAGGAUGGAUGCAACACUUUGUGUCCCGUCUCUUUGGAUCCUACUGGAGUCUGAUGUUUUCUAAAUUACUGUCUAAUGGUUUGUGGAAGACAAGACAGUGAGGCAGGUUGACGACGUGUUUAUUGCUGCGAAUGAGAUAAGAAUGAACGAUAUGAAAGAGAUGCUCGCACUCGAGGGGGAGACAGGUGAUGACUCAUUGUCUUCUUCAGCGAUGGAUUCAACUUGGUUAAAUCACAUUGGAGGGUAAAUGAGCAGUUUGUGUUCCAGUGAUACGUAAUUUUAGUGUGCACACCCUUGUGAUCUUGCCUUUUACCUGCCCUUUUUUUUUUUUUUUCUUUUCAAUUUGUAUUUGAGCUUUGACCAUCAGUGAAGAUGUUCAUGUGGCAUUCAGAGAUGCUAAGACCUUCUCUUCUUUUAUAGUUGAGGUUUUUUAUGAAGUAAUGGACCCACUAGAUGUGUUAGAUAGCUAUUUUUAGUGUAUGAAAGUGCGCCACUGGGUGUCACGUCUGGCAUUUUAUCAUUGUAUAUGAGCACUGCUUGUAGCGAUUCAUUUUCUUUUAUUCGCAGACCAUUCUCGGACAAGUGUAUGCAUACACUACCUUUCUGGGAUGUACAAAAACACUGCAGGUACCCCUAUAAGCUUUUCUGCGUGCCUUAUACCUGUAAGUGCAUAAGUGAAACAGGCAUUGAGAAAAAUUAGGGUGGGAGAAUCUUUGCAAUGGGCUCAGCAACAGUUAAUCAGACACAUAAUAAUAAGAACAGGGGUCCAAGUUGUUACGAAUUCGUAAUGUUUGCACGCUCUGUUUGACUGCUUGUAAAGUAGCAUGACGUUAAUCUCUUUAGGAUGUGCAACGUGAACACAGAUUUUGUGGAGACACUUCAUGUUGUGAUACACAUGGUUUCUUUCUUGACUCAUGACUUGUUGCAAAUAUUGAAAUAAACUCCAAUUUCUUAUUUUAUUAUGAAACAGCAACUCAUUGUGUCAUGGUCUGUGAAAUGACAUUAAGAUAAGCUCAGUCUUAACAUUUGUACGUUAUGUAUUGUUAUCAUUUAUUUCUUUAUUGAAUGAAGACAAUUACAAGUUUAGAUUUUUCAGUUCUUCUACAGUUGUUACCUUCUUGUACAGCGAUACACGUGCCAUACAUAGCUGGCCUGGGUAGCUGCAGGGUAGCCUGGUAGCUACCCUGUAUAUUCUGAUCUUAGUUCUGAAGUACUGUAGAUGGUGAGGGGUGCAGGUGAAUUUUGGACUUACAGUACCCAGUUUACCAUUCUCUUUUAAAUGAGGAUUAAUGUGCCGGCAUGUAGUACGUAUCUGCCCAAAGUUUCAUUCUGCGCUUCGUUGCAUUUACUCUUGCCACCAACGUUAUGCCGAACAGAUUUCGGGCAGAAGUCAGCAAGGUGCAUAAGUUGGUACAGAUGUACACAGUUAUUUAUUUAUUGGAACCCAAAUUUCCUACAGAACCGUAAUCUGAACGUAACUGCAAUUCACCAUCGGCGAUUAACUGAAACCGUAACUUGAACUGAAAUUUGGUUACCAGCUCAUAUGAAUUGAACCAUUUGAAUUGUUACCAGUUCAUACUGGUCCAUUAGGACCCUUGGGGUAAUGUGAAAUAAAAAAUAAAAAGUAAAAUUGGUUCAAGCUGCUUUACAACUGCUUUACAGCUGCUUUACAAUUGCUUUACAACUCUGAUUAGUGGUGCUGUACGUGCUGCUGUUGAAGUAGAUCUCUUCGUCAUGUAUUUUUAAUUCAGAAGUUGUGUAGAGAACAUACGAUCUUACCCAUAAUCGAACCCAUAAUCUGAUGACAUACGCAUCGUACAACAUGUAUUGCGUUCGUCCCGUAUGAGUUAUGAACUGCAUGAUUGAGAUCAUUUAAAAUACCAAGCAUUGCAAUUUGUUUGUUUCCACAUCUGUUUGCUCAACUGCUGAACACACACAGUUUUUCUUGCCUAACUUGUUAACAAACUCAUAAUACUGUAACUUUAUCGACUUGCCAGCAUUGUCCUAGCUGGCAGUGCUGGCAACACAAGUGAGCAUUGAAAGGACAUUUUCUAGUCUAAAGUACAUCUUAUUCCCACAAAGGAGGAAACCUGUCUGAAGACACUCUAGAGGACACAAUGAUGGUCCGUUGUAACCUGCCAUAUAUGGAGAAUGAUGUAUAUGCUUCCCUUUGGUGGGCUGUUCUGACAUUUAUUACGUUAUUUCUGUACGUUACAAAAUUAUGUUUUCUUGCAUAGAUAUGAUGCGUUGUACUCUUCGAUGGCUACACUUCCCCUCAAAGUAAAGGGGGAAAAAGUGCGAGACAUUUGCUCUAAUAUAUAUACUUGCAGUGCAGUUCUGCUAGGCUUUGCUAAUAAAAUUUCCUGCAAAAGACAAAUAUGUUCAUUUUUGCCCGUUUGCAUUUUGUAGAUCAUUUUGCGACAUCUACACAGCCUGCAGAUACAUCCUAGAGAAAACUGAAAAAAAUACUGAUUCAACUGUUUGGUAACCGGUGACCGCAAAUAUAAGAAUGGCAAAUACUGUAACCGUAACUGAACCGAUAUUCGUUUUAGUUUCAGUCCCUGCCUCCGACUGGCAGUCAUAAAGGUACAAGCACAAUUUAUUGCCAACUCCCAUUCUUGAAUGGGAGAUAUAUGCUAGUCUUAUAAUGUAGAAAUACAUGUAUUCUGUUUUCAUUUGUGCUUGCAAACUGGGAUGUUAUGUGUCUACUGCAAGUCCUCGGGCAAAUGCUGUAAUGAGUGCAUGUCGUGAGUGCAUCACUGUUGUGCCCUCAGAUGGUAUCGGUGAAUGAAUGGGCGAGUGCUUUUUCAAAGCAGGUUUGAAGCGUCUCCUGCAGGUGAUACAGGCUCACCAAAGUAACACUUUUGGUAUGAGGAUAAUGACCAGUAGUUUGGUCAUUCCACAGUUGCAAAGGACUCUUGUGUCCAGCCCCAAGCAGGCUACUCGCCUAGGUUGUCAUUCUCCAUGGAGCACAACGUCCCCGAUGCAGUGUACCCCACAGUGCAGGCUGCAUCAUAUGGCAUUCCUCCUAACACAUGAUAGGAGUGCAUCUCACUCCAUUUUUGUCUACGCAUGAAAAAAUCCAAUUUACUUUCAUGAAAGAAUUGCUUACCAAAGAGGACUUUCGCUCCUAUAAAACUGACUACCUGUCUUAGCAAUGAAGUAGAUCUGUAGACCAAUUUGGUUUUUCUGUUUAUGGGACAGUAUAUCUAUGUUUAGGGAACUGUUAACUGACACAUCUUUUCUCUGAUGCAGUGUCCUGCACGAUACCAGCAAGUCAUAGAACAUACCUGGGAGACAGGUCCACAAACAUUGCAAGAACGUGACAUGUGCUGCAUUGUACAAGUUCUAAAUUUAAGAAAGAAAUAUCUUGCUCAUGCUGUCUUAUUUUCUAUCUGUACCAAUGCCUCCUUUGUCAAUACUUAUUUUUGAGGUAGUCAUGUUUGUGUCAUUAGUCAAGUUCAGCUAAAGAACUGCAUUCUGCCCAUAUAGAACCAUUCUCCCAAUGUUCGUUUAUCCUAUUAUAGAAUGGACUUAGUGCUGCUCGAGUGCAACAUUUGAGCAGUUUAACUUCUGUUGCUAUUAGCGCUUGUUGACUUACUUGUAUGGAGCGUCAUUCUCAGCCUGAACAUGGCAAUGACUUCUUGAAAGCACAGAGUCGAAGAGUGUCAACCAAUGCAUGUUUUCUUUUUGCCUUCCAGCAAAAGAGAAGACACCAGCAAGACACCAACCCCAAGUGAAGCUGACCAGCAUCCUGAAAUCCAAUGUAAAAGGUAAAGGCAAGACCCUCUACCGCUGCAGUCAUUGCAAAUACUCCUCUCAUAACAGCCUGGGUGUGAUGCGCCACUUGCGCACCCAUACCGGAGAACGACCCUUCGAAUGCUCUUACUGCUCUAAAAGGUUUGCUCAGAAGACGAGUCUUACGACUCACCUGCGUAUACACACGGGGGAGAAACCAUUCCAGUGUGGUGUAUGCUCACGGUCAUUCACGCAGAGUGGCAGCUUGACGGACCACUUGCGCGUCCACAGUGGGGAGAAGCCCUAUAAGUGCAACUACUGUGGCCGCUGCUUUGCCCACAAGGGACACUUAACUGAACACGUGCGCAGGCACACUGGAGAGAGGCCCUUCACUUGUGCUGUCUGCGACAAGAAAUUUGCUCGUAGAGGACUCCUCAAGAAACAUGCUCUCACCCACACAAAACAGAAGCGCAACACCUCUGCGAGAAAGUCCGAAGAAAGAAAAGUUGUGCGCCAGGUCCCUGCACAGCCAACUCGCACGGCUUCUCCAGAAGAUGCUGGAGAUGAAAUCAUUGAUGCAGAAAUUGAAAUACUAGAUCCUACUGCAGUUAGCUUGCUUAAUGUUGCUAGAGAUAUAGUUCACGAAGAGAAGACCUCUUUUUCCGAUGUCGCAUUUAUAGUAGCUGAUUUUGAAAUCGUAAAACCUCGGUCACCGGAGCCCACAGCAGCAGGACCUUCCCAAGAGGUUCAAGCCAUUGAGGACGAUGCAGUGGCUGAGGACAGUGAUGAGGAAGUAGGUUCAGCAACAACCUGAAUUAGUGCUCUCAUCUGUGCAUUGAAAAUGUGUUUAUUUUGAGGCUGCAGUAGAUGGUAGUGUUAAGAUGGUGAAGGUGAAGGCCACCUGGCCACCACAAUUCCCUCCUUUCUUGUUCAAAAUAAAAUUGGCUGUUUCUGGAA